AUUACCGCUCAAACAAACAGCUGAUUCUUGGAUCAAUUUGUUUAUGUUUACAUUUGAUUCAUAAAAACAACAAUUGAAAUUCAAUCAUUGAAUCAAUUGCGAUGUCUGAUUAUGUUGGUGUUGCAACUAAAUUAAAACUCAAAGGAGAGAAAAGGAAAAAGAAAAAUAAAAACAAAGAAAAGCGUUUGAAAGGUGAACCUGAAACCGAACGGAAUAAUGAAGAUACCAUCAAACAUGGUGGUUGGGUUUAUCUGAAAGAUCUCGGAGCCAUAACAGGAACCACCGCCAUUGAAGUGUUACCUUAUUGUUAUAUGAAAGCUUUGGACAAUGGGCUGAUCGCUGUCGGAGAACCUCACCCGCCGGGUGAAUCACCUUAUCAGGAGGAAAUUUUCACCACAAUCAGAAUUUCAGAAACUCAUCGAGCGUUCAAGUCUGGUUAUGGUAAAUACUUAAGUUUGGAUGGUAAUAAUCGUUUAGUUGGCCGAUCGGAUGCUAUUGGACAACGGGAACAAUUUGAACCAGUUUUCCAAGAAGAUAAAACUGCCAUUGUUGGUGCUAACGGAUGUUUCCUUUCUCCUGAUGAUUCGGGUUACAUUGUUGCCAAGAGUCAGAAAGCGGGUCCAAAUGAGUUUGUAAAGAUACGUUCAAAUUUAGAUCCAGAAGCAGCGAAAAAAGAAGCUGAAGAAUCCAAAAUUCCCGAUGAAGAGAAAGGAUCACUCGAUGAUUGUGAAGAAAAGUACAUUAAGAAAUUUAUCACCGGAAAAAUGAGCAAGAAUCUUGAUAAAGGAGGUAAAUUGCUGAAAUCGGCUAAAAAUGAGGGUAAAUUACAUGAAACACUUCUUGAUCGUAGGGAGAAGGUCAAGUCUGACAAGUUUUGUAAAUAGUCAACGACAUUUCAUGAAGAACCACAACAAACAAUUGAUCAUCUUCGCAAAAAUUAAACACUCAUCUUACUAAUUCACUAUUA